AGGCAGCGGAGGCGUUCAGCGUUCCCCCAUCCCGCGGCUCCUCGGUGGAGGGCUGGGAUGCUGUGCAGGAAGAGGACAGGAAGGCAAACAAGGUUGUUGACCCUCCCGACGCGGAAGCAAACGAGUCCUUCGCCGCUUGGCCCCUGCCUGCAGCGGGUAGCCUGGUGUCAGCCUGCCCGGCGCGCCUGCGAGCGGCCUGUGCACCUGCAGUUCCCUAUCAGCAAAACCCCUACACCCCCGGGAGCAGCUCCACCGUCAUCCAGUGCUACCGCUGCGGGGACACCUGCAAGGGCGAGGUGGUGCGUGUCCAGAGCAAUCACUUCCACAUCCGCUGCUUCACCUGCCAAGUGUGCGGCUGUGACCUGGCCCAGUCGGGCUUCUUCUUUAAGAACCAGGAGUACAUCUGCACCCACGACUACCAGCAGCUCUAUGGGACCCGCUGUGACAGCUGUGGGGACUUCAUCACUGGAGAGGUCAUCUCUGCCCUGGGGAGGACCUACCACCCCAAGUGCUUCGUCUGCAGCACCUGCAGGAAGCCGUUCCCCAUCGGAGACAAGGUCACGUUCAGUGGGAAGGACUGUGUUUGCCAAAACUGCUCCCACUCUCUCAUCAGCACCAAACCCAUCAAGAUCCAUGGGCCCAGCCACUGCGCAGGCUGCAAGGAGGAGAUCAAGCAAGGCCAGUCCCUCCUGGCCCUGGAGAAGCAGUGGCAUGUCAGCUGCUUCAAGUGCCAAACGUGCGGGAUCAUCCUCACCGGCGAGUACAUCAGCAAGGAUGGCAUCCCAUACUGCGAGUCCGACUACCAUGCCCAGUUCGGCAUCAAGUGCGAGACCUGUGACCGGUACAUCAGCGGCAGGGUCCUGGAGGCAGGAGGGAAGCACUACCACCCCACCUGUGCCAGAUGUGUCCGCUGCCACCAGAUGUUCACGGAAGGAGAGGAGAUGUACCUCACAGGCUCCGAAGUGUGGCACCCCAUCUGCAAGCAGGCGGCCAGAGCAGAGAAGAAGCUAAAGCACAGAAGGACAUCAGAAACUUCCAUCUCGCCCCCCGGUUCCAGCAUCGGCUCCCCAAACCGCGUCAUCUGCGCUAAAGUGGAUAAUGAGAUCCUUAAUUACAAAGACCUGGCAGCUCUUCCCAAGAUUAAAGCCAUCUAUGAAGUGCAGCGUCCUGACCUCAUUUCCUACGAGCCCUAUCACAGAUACACGUCGGAUGAGACGCUGGAGAGAUAUAGCUAUGGGGAGUCCCUGGGGACCCUCUCCCCAUACUCGCAGGACAUCUACGAGAGCUUUGACACCCGGCAGAGGCGAGCCUCCAGCCCUGGCUACAUUGACUCCCCCACCUACAGCCGCCAGGGCAUGUCCCCCACCAUCCCGAGAUCCCCCCACCAUUUCUAUCGCUCAGGCACCGAGAGCGGGCGCAGCUCCCCCUACUAUAGCCAGUUAGAUGUGAGGUCCUCCACUCCAACCUCUUACCAAGCGCCCAAGCAUUUCCACAUCCCAG